AUGCGCAUUCGCAGUACACUUGCGGUCAGACGCAACACCCGCGCAUAUUCACCACAAAGCUCUCUGCCCAAAGGAUUUAAUAGUCCGCAAGCUGUUGCAGAUGCUGUUUCAGCAGCUGUAGCUGCUGAAAAGACUAUCACGGUCAGUGCAAGUCAAGGCAAGAGCCAAGCACUAGCAGAACCAGGUCAAUUUACGCGAUUGGAACGUCGUCACUUGGAUGGCGAUAUUAUUUCGACCAAAAGGAUGACAGUACAACAGUUAAUGUAUCCAAAAAAUACUUUGGACUGGCAAUUAAUCAAACCGGAACAUUUUCAAAAUGUACCGAUUAUAAAAGACUGGAAAUCUGGACUGAAGAAAUUACAGGAACAAAUUGGGAUUGAGUUUCAAGACAUUACAUUGCUGCAAAGUGCAUUGACUCACCAUGGAUGUCUUCCAAAUAAUGCUGUACCAACGGAUGUUCCAGUAGUGCGCUUAUCAAAUCGCAGCUUGGAGUUCCUAGGAGACUCACUGGUGGGUGCGGCAGCAGCAGCAUAUGUGUUUCAGAUGCUGCCAAGACAUCAAGAAGGUCAACUCUCACGUGCCAAGUCCGCACUCGUGAAUAAUAAUACAUUAUCAAAGAUAGGUGCAGAUUUAGGGAUUACAGAUCUACUCCUUUGGCCACCUGGAUUUGAUGUGGCAAAUGGUUCACCGCUGGCUGUAAAAGGACGAGUGACAAUCGCAGCAGGCGCUGUAGAAUCAGUCAUUGCGGCGAUUUAUCUAGACCAGGGUAUGGAAAUCGCGAUGGACUUUGUGACAAAGCACAUUCUUCCUCGUGCAGUUGAGUAUGCUACUCGUGACGUCAUUUGGGAACCUGUUGUUGAAUUGCAGAAUCUGUUACAAGGACAUUAUUAUGGACAGCCUAUAUACAAGUAUCUUCCAGCACCUGGAAGCGCGUCUGAGUUUACUGUCGAGCUUUAUGUCAAAGGACGGUCGAUACUGAAGGCAAAUGGAGCAUCUUACAAAUUAGCGCGAACUCGUGCUGCUGAAGUUGCUUAUUGGCAUUUUGAAAAAUUACUUGGACCCGCGCCGUAA